AUGAAGAGCAAGAACUCCGGCGUCGGAUUUUGUGUCCCCCGUGUGAAGAACAACUCAAGAACCACCACCAGUGAUCGGGAGAUUAGUGUAACCACUAUGACUUUCCUCGACCGUUUUCGAGAGGCCGUUCUCCGACUCAUCAUGAUCUCUGCCGUCUCCAAGUCAACGUCUCACCGCCGUAACAAACCGCCGCCGGCAACAGUCCGGUGCCAAAAGUACUAUAACGCCGCCGAUACUAAUCACAACGAAGCCGUGGCCGACUGUAUCGAGUUUAUCAGAACCAACAAGGCCAUCGAUUUAGACAACGGUCGUUGA